AUGGGUAUCUGUAGUUCAACAUGCUGUGGAGGCCGAUCCCGAGAUGGUCCCUACGAAAAUGUCCUCGCCGACAGCGAACGUGAAGCUGUCGCCGACCUGUUGCAGUUCCUCGAAAAUCGCGGCGAGACAGACUUCUUCUCCGGCGAGCCCCUCCGAGCACUCAGCACCCUAGUCUUUUCCGAAAACUUAGAUCUUCAGCGCAGCGCAAGCUUGACGUUUGCUGAAAUUACCGAGCGCGACGUCCGCGAGGUCGACCGUGAUACCCUUGAACCUAUCCUAUUCCUCCUACAAAGCUCUGAUGUCGAGGUCCAACGAGCCGCCAGUGCUGCACUGGGAAAUCUUGCUGUCAAUACCGAAAACAAAGUCCUGAUCGUCCACCUCGGUGGCCUAACCCCGUUGAUCAGACAGAUGCUGUCGCCAAAUGUCGAAGUGCAAUGCAACGCCGUCGGAUGCAUCACCAAUCUUGCUACACACGAGGAGAACAAGGCCAAGAUUGCCCGCUCAGGUGCUCUAGGGCCGCUGACCAGACUGGCCAAGUCUAGAGAUAUGCGCGUCCAGCGCAAUGCUACUGGUGCUCUCCUCAACAUGACGCAUUCCGAUGAAAACCGCCAGCAACUUGUCAAUGCUGGUGCCAUCCCAGUUCUGGUGCAGCUUCUCGCUUCGCCCGAUGUCGAUGUUCAGUACUACUGCACCACAGCCCUCAGCAACAUUGCUGUCGACGCCAACAACCGAAGAAAGCUUGCCUCCUCGGAAGCCAAGCUCGUACAGUCUUUGGUUGCUCUUAUGGAGUCCUCCUCGCCCAAGGUCCAGUGCCAGGCUGCCCUCGCUCUGCGAAAUCUGGCCUCCGACGAGAAGUACCAGCUCGAUAUCGUCCGUGCCAAUGGUCUGGUGCCUCUGCACCGUCUCCUCCAAUCCUCAUAUCUCCCCUUGAUCCUUUCCGCCGUCGCCUGUAUUCGCAACAUAUCCAUUCAUCCGAUGAACGAGUCUCCUAUUAUCGAAGCCAACUUCCUGAAACCUCUUGUCGAUCUCCUUGGCUCUACUGAGAAUGAAGAAAUCCAGUGUCAUGCCAUCUCGACUCUGCGAAACUUGGCAGCCAGCUCCGACAGAAACAAGGCCCUUGUUCUGGAUGCCGGCGCCGUACAGAAAUGCAAGCAACUGGUGCUUGACGUACCCGUCACUGUGCAGUCUGAGAUGACUGCCGCUAUUGCUGUGCUGGCUCUCAGCGACGACCUCAAAUCUCACCUGCUCAACCUUGGCGUAUGCGACAUUUUGAUCCCCUUGACGCAUUCGCCAAGCAUCGAGGUCCAGGGCAACAGUGCAGCUGCCCUUGGCAACCUAUCUUCUAAAGUCGGUGACUAUUCCAUCUUUGUUCAAAACUGGACUGAGCCCAACGGCGGCAUUCACGGCUACCUGUGCCGCUUCCUUCAAUCUGGCGAUGCCACCUUCCAACACAUUGCUGUCUGGACCCUGCUUCAACUAUUCGAAUCGGAAGACAAGACACUGAUUGGCCUCAUUGGUAAGGCCAAUGACAUUAUCGAGCACAUUCGAAACAUUGCGAACCGCCAAAUCGAAGCAGAGCCCGAGUUUGAGGAGGAGGACGAAGGUGAAGUCGUGAAUCUGGCCCAGCGCUGCUUGGAGCUCCUUGGACAGAGCAUGAACAAGGCCCACAUCGAAGGUUGA